UGUACUCCUAGGGCAACGGAAGGCAAGAUGAUUUAUAAACAAAAAAAUGAGCUUACAUUCGCCAAUUAUUGUAUUUAAUACCGUAAUAAAUUAGGUAAUUCUAAUUACUACACCUUAAGAAGAAAAUUGGCAGUGUAAUUGUAUUAAAAUGGCAUCUAUUAAUACCCGGGAUCAAAAAAUCGAGCAGCAAAGACAAUUAAUGGAACAAAAAAUGAGACAGAAAAGGCAGAAUUCGGGAAUGGUACAAGCUAACGAUUUGCGAGUGAGUUCUGCUAAACGCCCAAUAUCAGGCAGCCGGUCACGCGAACUGCAUGGCUAUGAUGGUCCGAUGCAAUUUCUUAUGUCACCAGUAAAUCCAGACCAAGUAAUCCCUCUCCAAACUAAUAGAAUAUCAACAUUUGAUGAUUUAGGUAAUCAGAUAGAAGUACUAACUAUCGGAGAUGAUGGUAGCGGGGAAGAGGAAGGGGAAAGUGUCCCCGUAUGCAGUAUGGGACGCGACAUCAGUACUGAUGAUGUGUGUGCGGAUGCGGCCGUAGCUCCCCUUCAAGGCCGCACUAUACGACGUGAUGGAUCACCUAGUCCGAACGCAGAAAUAGAGGGCUCAGUUGAAGGGUCAAUAGAAACGUUUGUAGUGACACCUGCCAAGCAUGGAACACUAUAUAAGUGUAGAAUAGCUAGGGACAGGAAGGGAAUGGAUCGAGGUCUUUAUCCCACAUAUUUCUUGCAUCUGGAAAAAGACUAUGGCAAGAAAGUAUUCUUAUUAGCUGGUCGAAAACGGAAGAAAUCUGCAACAUCGAAUUACCUAAUAUCCACUGAUCCGACCGAAUUGACCCGUCAGGCGGACAGUUUUGCUGGCAAACUGCGUUCAAACCUGCUUGGUACUGCCUUCACAGUAUAUGAUAAUGGUAAAGCUUGGAGAAAACAUGAUCAUUCUCACACCAGGCAGGAACUAGCAGCUGUUGUAUAUGAUACAAAUGUGCUAGGCUUUAAAGGACCACGGAAAAUGACUGUGGUCCUACCUGGUAUGACACCAGAUCGGCAAAGAGUCACAAUAACUCCACAAGACGACAGUGAAACCCUCCUCGAACGCCUGAAGACCCAAACCUUAGAUGAUAUAGUGGUCCUUCAUAAUAAAACACCGGUUUGGAAUGAUGAAACCCAGUCCUAUGUGUUAAACUUCCAUGGCAGGGUGACACAGGCAAGUGUUAAAAACUUUCAAAUUGUUCAUGAUUCUGAACCGGAUUAUGUAGUCAUGCAAUUUGGUCGUAUAUCAGAAGACAUAUUUACUAUGGAUUUUAGAUAUCCAUUGUGCGCACUGCAAGCGUUUGGCAUCGCUCUCAGUUCGUUUGAUAGUAAAUUGGCGUGCGAAUAAUCGAAUUUAACUAAAAUCGAGUAAUGAUCGAAAUCCAUUUUUAUCAUUUUUGGUCCUAUAAGCAGGAUUUUUUCAAAUUCGUCUUAAUUUUUAUUUUAUAAGUUAUCAGUAUUUAGUAAUUUGUAAAAACUACUGCCGUCCGCUACUGGAAAUAGCAUCGUAGCGAAUUAUAUAAUUUUAUUUCCUGUAAUUUGUUAUAUAUCUUCAUUCAAAAUAUGAUUGUGCUGACUCCAGUAGAUUGAUGCAAAACAUUCCUGAUAAAUUUAUUAAUUACUAAUUAAAUUAGUUUUUUGGAAUUUGGUGAUUACAAAAUCAUGUUAUCUAAAUAUUUCAAGAAAUAAAUACAGUAGUCUGAAACAUAAUUUUUCGACCUGUUUAUGUCCACUCUUUUGAAUAUGGUCUUGUAUUUUAUUAUUGAUUAUAAACACAAAAUGAAUUUAUCCCACUAAUAUGAUCAUUGAUUAUUAUUUACCUAUUAAAUAAGUCACUUGGUGUAUUAAAAAUAAGUUAAUGUUAGAUUAGAUCACAUUUCUACGAAAUAAGCGCACAAAAUUUAAUUUUUUGGUGCUUCUUAUGAAUGGUUGUGUUUGUAUUUUGUUUAUUCAUAAAAGUCAUAAACAAAACUAUGUAUAGAUGUUUUGUGAAAGAUUGCUUAUGUAUAUUUAUUUAUAUUAUGUAUAAAUAUAUGUUUUUUUAAGAGUUAAGGUCUUAAAGUUGAGGAAUUGAUGUUUGUAGACAUAGUCAGUAGAUAGUAGAAUUUUUCAUGUGUAAUGUUAGUUUACAUUCCAUGUGCUUUAAUUUUGAAUGCCAUUAAUAUAUUUUGGCGGAAACACGCAUUUUAUGUACAAAAUAAUUUUUAGGGUAACAAUAUUUUAAUGGAAUUAUUUACUAGUCAUUGUGUAGCAUAAUUUAGUUAUAGCAAUUGCUUACAUUGUCACAAACAUGUAAUGCAACAUUUGAUACAGUUUUUUUGUUUAUAUGGAUCAAAUUUUAAGGCAAUUAAGAUAAAUUAUGAAAACAAACUAAUUUGCCUAUAUUAGAACCCUUAGACCUAGGGCACAAGGGCUGCAGAAUGUUUUAUAACAACGAGCAUUUAUUUAGGUAUUAAUUUAGAUUUUAUUGUAAAACAGUACUUAAAAAUAUGAAAUUCCCACCUUAACUGGGAUCUGGUAUUUGAUUGUGGUUUAUAGUUUAUUUAAUUACGUCGUUGUAAGUCUUCAACCCGCAGUCGGCCAGUGUGUUUGACUAUGGCCUAGUCACCCUACUUAGGGUUGGCUUCAACCCCUAAGUGGGGAUGAAUAAUGAGCUGAUGAUAAAUGUAAUUUACUAGUUUACGUAAACACCAGAUCAGUAUUAUAUUUCACGUUGACAAUAACACAGUUAUAAAUAAGUUUUCCCACAACUGCCUUUAAACCUUUUAGAAUUGUAUGUAGCAUCACAUUGAUCAGAGACAAUAAUAAUUAUGUCUUUAUAUUGAGAAAAUUAAAAUCAUAAAAUGGUUAUUGUUACGACUACCUGCAAUUUUAAUAAAAAAUCUUAAUAUUGGUCUAAUAAUUGUCUCCAAUUAGAUAAAUGUUUUGCAAAUGCAAUGCACUUAGAAAAAUGUAUAACAAAUAUGUAUGAAUGACAAUGCUCUGAAAUUCAUAUAUUAUCAAGUAUUUUUUACAAAUAUCUUGUCUUACAAGGUAAAGAUCCGUCAAAUUACUGAAUAGUACUGCAUCAAGUAUUUAUUUUAAAGGUAAUUUUGUUCACAUAAAAUUUACUAUUUGCUGCACCUGGUUUUAUUUUAUAUUUCAUAUUAUUUGUGAAUUUAAGUCUCAAAGCAAACUAGUUAUGAUUAAAUCAUGGAAUUAUAAUGCUCCUCAAAUUUCUAUGAUUGUCUGAACUUUGCUUUCAUCAGGUGGAAGAUAUUUUCCCUGUCCUACUACUCGGUCUCGUAUGCGUUUCACUCACUUCACGCGAGUCAUACAGAUUGAAAAAAUUCAGACAUUCAAAGAAAACUGAAGAGAAUAUACAAUCUGAUAGGAAUAAUAAAUGUGUGCCUAUAUAGGGUAUUUGUCUAAAUAGUUAGAUAAAAUGAAAUUUUAAACGAAAUUUGUAUAAAUUUAAAUUAAAAGAACUAAAGCGUCACUAUAAAUUAAAAUGAGCUUGUAUAGAAUUGUAUGGUAAUUAGAAAUGUUUCUAGCAAGUUUUAGAAAAAAUGGAUACCACAAUGUUUUAAUGGGUUUACUCCAGCUCGGUAAAUAUUGGGAUACUAUUAUGCCUCAAUACAGUAAAUAUGUAAAGAAAAAGUUAUUUGACAACAUUUUAAAAGUUUAAGUUUACUAUAUAUUGAAGCGAUGGUAAAAUAAAGUAGAAGAUAUCAAGGCAGAAGAGUCACAUCUUAUCUGGCAAUUAUUGACUUUUAUUGCAAAUAAAGCCAAUUAAUUAUGGUUCAUUUGAAAUAUCUUGGCAGCCCAUGGCACUGCGCCUUUUCUUCACUUUACCUAAUAUGUUCUGCGCAGUAACUUGCGUGAAAUUCAGAGUCUCCAAGUUAUAAGAGAACCACUACAUGUAAUGUUUUAUUUUAAAAUAAUGAAAUUAUAAACAAUACUAUGUUAAUAUAUAAUAAAGCAGCGGAAUUGAAAAUGUAUGGAUUUAAGCAUCUUUUAAAAUGUAGAUUUUUGGGGUAUUGUGCCUUGUACUGUAAGUUAAAUAUUUGUGCCUUUAGUUUUCACUUUUAUGUAUUUUGUACCUGAAAAUGUUCUAAUCAUGUCAUCUUACAGAAUUAAUGAUUAUUUAAGUCAGCAAAGUUUGGAAAAUAUAGAUUAAAUCAUGCCACAUGUUACCAGUGAGAAUAUUUGAACAUCCUGUAUUUUACUUGUGACGGAAAUUGUAAAAAAAUCAGAUUAACCAUAAAUUAAGUUGUCCAAUCUUGCCACAAACUAAAUCAUUAAAUUUUUGAUUUAGUUGCUAUAUAAGUUAACACACAAUAUAUUUGCAAAAAAAACACUUCAAAAUAUUUUGCAACAGUACUUUUUAUACACUUUUUGCAAUAGAAUUGUGAAUGCACAGUGUUUUAACUACCGCACUCAGAGUUGUUAAGUCACCAGUAAUGUAUAAUUAAUGACUCUGAGUGUACACUUGAAAACUCACAAAGUUCCACUUGUAAAUUUUAAGCAUGUCUUUUAAUAGUUGUUUAUUAGAAAAGUGUUAAAAAUAAAGCUUGUUACAGUGACCUGUUGGAAAUUUGAAUAAAUUUGCUAUUUCAACUUUCUAUUUGUGAUAUCUCUGUUGUAAAUAUUGACAGAAUUUAAUGAGACAAAUGUUAUUUUACUGUUCCAAGUAUUUUCAGAUAAAUGGGGUUGUUUUGCUGUUUGAUAAAUUGAAAUCAUGCAUGAGGCUUUUUUGUAUUAUUAUAUGAAAUGUUUUACAUUCCAGUUUUAUCUCUUGACAGUCAUUAAUGUUUUACUAAUAAAUGUUUGCG